AUGAUAACAGUGCCUGUACAAAAGAGGCCUGAGGGAGUUUGUUUGUCCCUUCUGCCAUAUGAAGAAGCAGGAAAAGGUGUGCUCUAUGAAGCAGAAAGUGAACCCUCACCAGACACUAAAUCUGCUGCCAUCUUACUCUUCAACAUCCCACCUUCUAGAAGUAUAAGCCAGGCUGCAGUAACUGAGGUAUGGGAAAUGAAGAGCUUACUGAAUAAGGCAAUGCUUACUCUGGAAAGACUUACCAAAAACCUGAUUGUCACUAAAAUGAGAAGAAGGCCUGUGCUUUCGGACUCUUCCUUAAUUCAAGAUGAGUGUUCUGCUCUUCCAAAUGGCCUUCAGCAGGCACUAAUGCUCCUCACUAGUAAAAACAAAUUGUUGCGGACAAUUAACUGUAACUACCUGUAUGACAAUCACCUGAGGGUGCUUGAUAAAAAUUCAGAUCCCCGGAAUACUCCAGACUUGCCAAAUCAAAAACUGGUGGGAAGUGGAGGUGACUCAGCUAAUCUAACCUGCAGAGCUUUCUUUGGCUAUAGUGGAGAUGUCAGUCCUUUAAUUUACUGGAUGAAAGGAGAGAAGUUUAUUGAAGAUCUUGAUGAAAAUCGAGUUUGGGAAAGUGACAUUCGAAUUCUUAAGGAGCAUCUCGGGGAACAGGAAGUUUCCAUCUCAUUAAUUGUGGACUCUGUGGAAGAAGGUGACUUGGGAAAUUACUCCUGUUAUGUUGAAAAUGGAAAUGGACGGCGACAUGCCAGCGUUCUCCUUCAUAAGCGGGAACUAAUGUACACAGUGGAACUUGCUGGAGGGCUUGGCGCUAUUCUCUUGCUGCUUGUUUGCUUGGUGACCAUCUACAAGUGUUACAAGAUUGAAAUCAUGCUCUUCUACAGGAAUCAUUUUGGAGCUGAAGAGUUGGAUGGAGACAAUAAGGAUUACGAUGCAUACUUAUCAUACACCAAAGUGGAUCCUGACCAGUGGAAUCAAGAGACUGGGGAAGAAGAACGUUUUGCCCUUGAAAUCCUACCUGAUAUGCUUGAAAAGCAUUAUGGAUAUAAGUUGUUUAUACCAGAUAGAGAUUUAAUUCCAACCGGAACAUACAUCGAAGAUGUGGCAAGAUGUGUAGAUCAAAGCAAGCGGCUGAUCAUUGUCAUGACCCCAAAUUACGUAGUUAGAAGGGGCUGGAGCAUCUUUGAGCUGGAGACCAGACUUCGAAACAUGCUAGUGACUGGAGAAAUUAAAGUGAUACUAAUCGAAUGCAGUGAACUACGAGGAAUUAUGAACUACCAGGAGGUGGAGGCCCUCAAGCACACCAUCAAGCUGCUGACGGUUAUUAAAUGGCAUGGACCAAAAUGCAACAAGUUGAACUCUAAGUUCUGGAAACGUUUACAGUACGAAAUGCCUUUUAAGAGGAUAGAACCCAUUACACAUGAGCAGGCUUUAGACGUCAGUGAGCAGGGGCCUUUUGGGGAGCUGCAGACUGUCUCGGCCAUUUCCAUGGCCGCGGCCACCUCCACAGCUCUAGCUACUGCCCAUCCAGAUCUCCGUUCUACCUUUCACAACACGUACCAUUCACAAAUGCGUCAGAAACACUACUACCGAAGCUACGAGUACGACGUACCUCCUACUGGCACUCUGCCUCUUACCUCCAUAGGAAAUCAGCAUACCUACUGUAACAUCCCUAUGACACUCAUCAACGGGCAGCGGCCACAGACAAAAUCCAGCAGGGAGCAGAAUCCAGACGAAGCCCACACAAACAGUGCCAUCCUGCCGCUGUUGCCAAGGGAGACCAGUAUAUCCAGUGUCAUUUGGUGACAGAAAAGCAAGGGACAGCCCGUCCUGGGGAGCUUGAGUGGAAUCUGCAGUCCAGUGCCUGGAACUAAAUCCUCGACUGCUGCUGUUAAAAAAAACAUGCAUUACAAUCUCUAGAACACGAGGAAAAACAGGGUCUUGUACAUAUGUUUUUUGGAAUUUCUUUGUAACAUCAGUGUCUUCCUAUUUUACCAUGUCUCUUACCAUUACAUUUUUGACUUUGUUUUAUAUGUCAUUGGAAUUUGUAAAUUUACAAUUUUUUUUUAAAGAAGAAACUGAUGUGUAGAUAGAAAACUCUUUUUUGCUUCAUUAGUUUAGUUUUAGAAUGGGUUUUUAUUUCCUUUUUUUUAAAGUUUACUUUGCUUUUAACAUUUCCUUGGGGUGCUUGGACAAAUCUAUCCGAUGGGACAAGGAGCACCGGAUCCUCUCUCGGGUUCU